AUGACCGAUAAAUCAAUAUCAUCAUUUGUUUCAAAAACUUCACAAAUUACAGCAGCUGCACGAGCCUAUGAAACAAUGAAAGACAAUUAUCUAUUUCAAGAUCCAUUUGCAAAACUUUACUCAACAGAAAAAGGUUUUGAAUAUAUUAAAUCUGUAGCAGAUAAUCUUCAUACACCGUUAGAAACAAGUGUUAACAUGAUAGCGAUACGUACAAAAUAUUUUGAUGAUCAAUUGUUGCAUGCGAUACAAACAUGUGGAAUUCGUCAAAUUGUUAUUUUAGCGUGUGGUGGUGAUUUUCGACCCUAUCGUUUAAUAUUUCCUGAUACUAAUGAUAUUAUUAAGUUCUACGUAUUAGAUUUUGAAGAGGUGAUCGACUUUAGAGAAGAAUGUUUUAAAAAAUUAUCUUGUCCACCAACAAAUUCAUCUGUAUUCAUAAAAGAAAUUGCUUGUGAUUUAUCUAAGCCAUUGUGGCCUAGUAUACUUGUUAACAAUGGUUUUAAGCCAAAUGAAUGUUCAUUUUGGAUACUCGAAGGUCUAUUAUCUUAUUUAGAUGAAACAAAUAUUUAUGAACUAUUUUCACAUAUAAAAUCUUUAUGUUGCAGUAGCAAUCCAUCGCGUUUAAUCUGUGAUUUAAUCAUAAAACAACUGUAUAAUGACAUAGCACAAACUGCUGGAUGGGGAACAGCAAUUAAAUUCGGUAUAGAUGAGCCGGAACAAUUUUUUGAAGGAUUAGGUUGUACAAAUAUACAAUGUACAAAAAAUUUAUCAGUGGGUAAAAGUUAUUAUCGAGUUCCUGAAGAAAUACCGACUUCAUAUUCAAAUACCAAUUUCAUAAAUGCAACUAUUUCCAGUUAG